UCAAACAAGAGUAAUGUUUUAAUUGUAGGCUAUUUAGAUUUAACGUAUAUUCAAGAAUUCAAAAAUUAUACUUUUAUUAUUACUGAACUAAACGACGGAUUUAUUUAUAAACGAAUUUGAUAUCAAAUGAUUCCUGUUAAUGAAAAGUGAAACUGUUCCGUUGAAGUGAAGCGUAUUUUUCAUUAUGAGUGUAACAUUAGAGAAGAUUGAUUGUAAGGAAAGUGAAUACAAUCCAUAUGAACAUCGAAAAGUGCUAAAACCUAGUUCUGACGUAAGGGCUACUGCAAAUAUAAUAAAAGCAUCGUUAGGUUCAGGCCUGUUAGCUGGUCCUCUGGCAUUUUCAAAUGCUGGAUGGGGAGUGGGAAUAAUAGGAACCAUUAUUGUUGGUGUCAUUUGUGGACAUUGCAUUCAUAUUUUGGUGAAAACGUCUAGAGGUUGUUGUAAAAUCGAAAAAAAACCCCAACUAAAUUACGCUGAAACUUGCGAAUCUGCGUUCAACAAUGGACCUAAAUGCCUCCACCGAUACUCCAAAGCAGCGAGUAUAUUCGCUGAAUUUUCACUGCUAUCAACAUACGUCGGUGUGUGUUGUAUUUAUACAGUUUUGAUAUCGGAUUCUAUCAAACAGCUAAUAGAUAGAUAUGUCCCCAGCGUUAAUUUACCAGUUGAAUAUUACUGCCUCAUAAUUUUGAUACCAUUAUGCCUCUUAUGUCAAGUGAAGUAUUUGAAAUGGCUCGCCAUCUUCUCAAUGCUGGCAAACUUUUUCUUAAUAGCAUCAUAUCUUAUUUGCCUUUAUUACAUUUUUGGGGAUGAAAUCAACUUUUCAGAUAAGAAAGUUGUUGGUGACCCGUCCAGAUUUCCGGCUUUCAUAUCGACCGUAAUUUUUGCAAUGGAAGGUAUUGGCUUGGUCAUGCCCGUUGAGAAUGCGAUGAAGAAGCCACAGCACUUUCUUGGAUGUCCGAGUGUUUUAGUGGUGGCAAUGUCGGCUAUCGUAUUUUUCUAUAGCACAUUGGGCUUAUUUGGUUACUUCCGUUAUGGAGACCUUGCAAGAGGAUCAAUAACGCUAAAUCUGCCCAUCGACGACUGGGCCGCUAUAUUUGCAAAAGUUUUCAUCGCCUUGUCCAUAUUCUUCACAUAUCCCUUACAAUUUUACGUUGUCUUUGACAUAUUUAAGAGAUACACGGACUCGUACAUCGGGGAGCGUUACAAGAACAUAGUUGAUAUUGGUGGUCGGACUGUAGGAGUUUGUUUCUGCGUUGGAAUUGGUGUUGCUUUGCCAUUACUGGAACAAAUCAUCAACCUCGUUGGCGCCUGUUUCUACUCCAUCUUAGGGCUUGUCAUCCCUGGAAUAGUCGAGACUGUGUUCCGAUGGAACAACCUUGGAACAUUUAAAUGGGUCCUUUUAAAGAACAUAUUCAUUGUUCUAUUUGGUCUUGGCAGUUUAAUUUCAGGAUGUACCGUAACAGUUCUUGAUAUUAUCGCCAUAUUAAAUAGCAAAAUUGAAUAGUAAAAAUAGUUAUUAAU